AGAAACAUCAAUGAUAAUCAUUGAUUGGCUGCCUCCGGUACACCCCAACUGGGGAUCGAGCCCACAAUCCAGAUAUGUGCCCAACCAGAAAUUGAACUGUGACCUCCAGUUCAUAGAUCGACCCUCAAUGACCAAGCCACAAUAGCUGAGCUAAAUUCUUCAGUUUUUUUAACUCAGCUUCUUAACGGUAUCUGCAUAUAAACUGUAUAAAAUAGGGAAAAACACUGUCAUCCUUCCCACCCCCUCCCUGAUGGAAAAUGGAGCUAGCAGGGGGCACAGUAUAUAACUGAACUCUUUCCCUUCCAGUACCCUCUCCCUCAGAGAUGCUCUGAAUUUCAGGCUGGCCCAGGUUCCUAGGACUGAACUCAGAUUUCAGAAUUAUGUGUGUAUCUUUAAAUAACCCAGAGAAUGUACUGUUGUAACAACCUUAAAGAAUGGUUGAGUUUCAGAUAAACAAACAAGAAAAAUAUAGAUGUAGAGUUUUACCCCUCUACUUUAAAUCUAAGUAGAUGGGGCUUGCUUAUUUUCAUAGCAGGUAGCAGUGUUUCACUAGAGAUGAUGGCAAAAGCACCUGAAGAAUGGAAGAGGGGAAACUUGCUUAAGAAUUAGUCUUCAGUAGGGAAGCAAAGGAUGACGGAUGACUUUUCCCUGUGGAGAGUUUGUUUUCCUUUACCCUGCAAACCCUAGACAGAGGUAAAUGAGGGGUAGGGAAGAGAGAGAGAAAGACAGAGAGAGAGAGAGAGAGAGAGAGAGAGAGAGAGAGAGAGAGAGAGAGAGAGAGAGAGAGAGAGAGAGAGAGAGAGAAAUCUGCAACUCAGUUCCCUGAAACAAAUGUCCAGAUGUUCUGUGGGUGGCGAGAACCAUUGUAGUAAGCAGGCAUAGACAAAACCCCAGGUCGUCUGAGCCUUAAGCCCCUCUCAUGCCCCUUCCUAUUUCCCUCAUUUCUACCACAGGGAGAGAUGCUUGUGCCAGCCCACUUCCUGCUGCUGCUACUGCUGCUCCAAGGGGCCCCCAGGAUGAGUCUGUCCCAUAAGUUCUCCAAAGCCGAGUCCAUCUUCUGCUGCAUCAACAUGGCCCUGUCUGAAGCCAAGAAAAGCCAGCUGGAGGAGAUACCCCUGCUGAGCAAGAGAGGCUUCCCCUACCUACCCAGGCAGGACCCAUCCUCAGAUGAGGACAAAGAGAAUGAGGAGAAGGGAGAAGACAAGAAGAAAAGGACCUUCUCUGGCCCCAGGAGUAGUGGUGGAGCUGGAAGCUCUCGUUACAAGUACUUAUCCAAAGCACAGCUCAAAGGGAAACUACACCAGAACAAGGCCAAGACUAAUCGGAGCACCAAGUUCACUCUGUCCCUUGAUGUUCCCACUACCAUCAUGAAUGUCCUCUUAAACAUUGCCAAGGCCAAGAACUUGAGAGCCAAGGCAGCUGCCAAUGCCCAUCUGAUGGCACAGAUUGGACGGAAGUAGGCUCGAGGACAGCAGGGCAGCCUAUGAAGGACAAGGAUAAAGGUCAGGUGGAGGGUAAGAGUUUGCCCACCCAACUGGUUUUUAUUUUGUGGACAAUCCAGUUUUACAGGCUGCCUCAUUGCUCGACCCCUCUACCCUUUCCUAUCUCCAGCCCAGCUUUCUCUGUACAAUACACAGGCAUGCAGAAUUGUCCCAACUUCACAGAUAUGAAUCUAUUAAGGCCUCUUCCUAUGUUCUGUGUCUCAUUUUAUCUUUCCCCAUACUUCUCCCUGAAGAUCCCGUGCCUGGGAAGAGAGCACCUAGGGUUCCUCUCUUCACCCAGCAACCCCAGCCAACACUGGGAGAUAAAGAGACGCACUGAUUACCAUCCUGCCAUCAGAUCCUACCCUCUUGCUUCCAUUAAAACAAGUGACUUCUUGAACCCCUGGUUUGUGUCAGUUCCUCUUUCAUCAGCCAGCUGCCUCCAAACUUCUGAACUUGGAGAGAAAAGGCAAAUGAGGGAGGAUAUAGAUAAGUCAAUUCCCCAUCUCUCCCAGGAUGGGAAUGGUUCUUGGGUGUCAUAGGUAGAGUAAAGAAGAGCUUAGGGAAGAUCAAACUGACAGGAUUGUGUCAGCUGUCAUUCAAACUAGAGCCAUCUCCAUGGCUUGAUCCUACCCAAAAGGCACAGCCUGGGCUAGACAGGAGAGGGAGCUUUCAGUAUCCCCUAUGGGACACCCCACAUCCUCAUGGCCUUCUGGUGCAUAGGCCCUGGAAGCCUUUAAUAGGUGCUCACUGAGCCCACAGUAACUGCCCAGCAUGGUGCUGAGCACCUGGGAGAUGCCAAUGUGUGUGAGACAAGGCCACUGCUCUCCAUGAGUGAACAUCUAAGCAGAUAGACAAAAUGAAAAUGGAAAUAAAAGCAAAUAUCACCAGAGAAGAGGUAAGUGAUGAAUUGCAAAGUGAUAGCAAUUGGUGUAAAGAAUAUAUGAGGAAUUCAAGAUGAGAGGUUUAAUAUGAGUAAAAGUUCACUAACAACAGACAUCAGGAAGAACUCUGAUAGCCUCUGGCAGCAGAGCCUAAGGGCCAGUUCCCCAGAGAGGGACUGCGGUCCCACUCACUUCUUCAUGGUGAUGAAUCAUAAAUAUAUAAAAUGAAUUUCUACAUAGUAAAGCAGCAUUACCACACACCAGCAGUUAAUAUUUCCACCACCAGCAGCAGCAAAAACAAACCACAAAUGAAUGACAAAUUUGGGAAAAUGUUUGCCACCCAUAUAAAAGACAAAUGGCUUAUUGAUCAAAUUUAUAAAGAGCUACUAAAAAUUGAGAAGAAAAGAGUAAAAAACAGCCAAAACGUGUUUGGCUCAGUGGAUAGAGCAUCGGCUUGUGGACUGAAAGGUC